AUGCUGCUUAAAAUAGACGAUCGGCUUUCCCGCCUAGACAGCUUCGGUUCAAUUUCUAUCCAGUGCUGGUGGGAUAUUAACGAAAGCCAAAGCCUGGAACCUCUUGAAUCUAGGCUGGCGGGCAGGUUUAAUGCCAAAGUUACAACUUGUUUGGCCUCGCUGGACGAGCGGCACGCCGCGUUUCACUGUAGAACCAAUACAGAUAAGGCUACGGUCAAUGGCCUUCACCAGAUAGCAGCGGUGAUAUUGGAAGGGAGAAAGUCCAAAGGACUGCGGUGGGCUGUCGCCACCCUUAUCGGUACUUCAUCCGCAGCGACAACUGCUGCCCUCUUGCUCGCAGAUGGGAAUGCAUCAUUGCCUACUCCAGCAAGUGCCGCUCCUGGGCUGCCGGUGAUUAGCAACGAUGGUAUCUGCGGCACCUGCAGGAGAGUGUUGGCCCUCGGGCUCCCGAAGGAGGGCGAGACAGUGAUGGGGAGAGUCUGGCGCUUUGAUGGGUGA